UGAAGACGUUUAUCCAAAAAAGUAGAAAUAAUUAUAUAAAACUGCCAUCGUCCGGAAUGACUAAACAUUAUUGUAUGCACAAUACAACAUUUCUUUGUGAAGAGUAGCAGUUUGGAUUACCUUUUUAACUGGAUAUUGUACGUUGUGUGUACUUCUUCCAACGGCAUAACCCUAACGGAUUAAGACCCAUUUUCACAAGUGCAUAGUCCAUUCCACGGAGAUCAUGGGAGGGAUAAAACAAGAGCAGAGUGAUACAUCGCAGCACUCCAAACCAUCCCAUUCAGCAGAUCAACCACAAGAGGAGCCAAAGAAGAGAGGCUGGCCAAAGGGAAAGAAAAGAAAGAAGGUGCUACCAAAUGGUCCCAAGGCACCAGUAACAGGAUAUGUCCGCUUCCUGAAUGAACGCCGAGAACAUAUGCGGGCCAGAUACCCUGACUUGCCUUUCCCUGAAAUCACCAAGAGACUUGGAUCAGAGUGGACACGAUUAGCCCCGAAUGACAAACAGCGCUACCUGGACGAGGCGGAACGGGAGAAGAUGCAGUAUGCCCAGGAACUGAAGGAAUAUCAGCAGACUGAGGCCUAUCAGAUCACCAGUGCUAAGAUACAAGACAAGAGGAUCAAGAAAGAAGACACUCCAUCGGUCAUCAUCAGUACUAGUUCAGAGUCAUCUGUAUCAAAGGCUUCUGACCUGCCAAGCAGAUUUGACAUCCCUAUCUUCACAGAGGAGUUCCUCGAUCAGAACAAAGCUCGAGAGGCUGAGUUGCGACGGCUUCGUAAGGCCAACAUUGAGUUUGAGGAGCAGAAUGCAGUGCUUCAGCGACACAUUAAGGACAUGUACAAUGCCAAAGAGCGCCUGGAGGCUGAACUGGGGCUGGACGAGAAGCGCACCCACGCUCUUCACCAACAUUUGCUGGCUAUUAAACACACACUGGUCAACAGUCUGUCAUCAGUCCCCCUGCCAGGUACAGGUGAGACAGCAUCUCAUGGGAACCUGGACUCAUACCUAAGUCGUCUCAGUGGAGUGCUGGAGGGAAACCCUCACAAGCAUCGUGCACUGUUCACCCAGCUUUGUGAAGUCCUUUCUCAUGUGGACAGUGAGAAGUUAUGAGGAGACUCCAGCUGGAGACGCUUUCAUUCCUGCAUCAGAGGGACACGGGACAGGCUUGGUGGUAUCAGGUCAAGUCAGUGCCAUUCAACAGAGUAUGUGGAUUUCUCAAGGAUAGUAAAGGCAAGGGUACAAACACGUCAAAACACCACACACACAGUCCAUGUCUACAUGCCUCUUCUUUAUUAAUAUGUGUAUUCAUACACAUGAGUUUUUGUGAAUGUAAAUCUGUGUGGCGGUGUUGAGGGUGUUUACAGUUCAGGAAUUUCAUUAAAGUGUAUUAUGUAAUUUUAUCCUCUGAACUGCUAUAAUUAAGUCAAAUUGGAUUGACCCUAACUCUAGUGUGUAGUAUCAGCAGUUACCUACAGGCCCGUGACCUGUCCAAUAAGACGAGCCUAAAUAAUAGUUCACAAUAAAUGCCAUUUAAUGAGUGGGGAAUGUGUACGUAGUGUUUUUUUUUAUUAUUUUUUUUUAUAAUGCAUGAAAAACAUAAAAUUGAAAAGGGUGACAAUGAAAUGUUGGGGUUUACAUGUUUGAAUUUACAUUGAUAAUGGCAGGUUGUUGAAUGGACAAGCAGUUUCACUUGUCAGAAUAUUAUAUAUUUGUGAAGUAUAUUUGUAUUUUCUGAAAUAUUCAUUAAACCAUACUGAAAAUGUUUCCAA